AUGAUACUGUGGGACAUUUUUUGGGUUCACAUUCUGUUUUCAACCUUGGAAGGCUGGAAUGAAUUUACUGCUGUUCCUCAAAAAAGAGACCUCUUAGCAGCUGAGACAACUGGUAUUUCACCAUAUGUUCAUGAUAUCUUUUCUCAGGCUCAGAAUUCAUCAGGAGACAGUAUAAUAAAAUGUACCCAUAUUCAUCAAUCCAUAAAUUGGGGGGAAUGAAAACUGAAAGGUUCUUGCCCUCAAGAUUGUCUUAAUGGAGCCGUUUGCACAAAGGCAGGAAUUUGUGACUGCGAGACAUUUCAGGCACAGGGAGAGCACUGCCAAAUCAUUCCAAAUACUGGCAAAGACAGAGCUGGCAUUUGCAAAUCAUGGGGACAAUAUCACUUUGAAACAUUUGAUGGCAUCUACUACUACUUCCCAGGAAACUGUUCAUACAUUUUUGUGAAAGAUUGCAGCAAUCCAGAGCCUCAGUACACUGUGUGGGUUAAUAAUAGUCCUCACUGUGCUGGUUCAGUGUACUCUUGUUUGCGGUCAAUAAGCUUGUUUUUUUCAAAUCAGGAUGAGAUACUCAUAUCGGGACAUGAAGUUAGAAAGGGUAGAAUCAGGUUGUCUUUGCCCCAAACAAUUGGAAAUAUUUUCAUUGAGAGAUUAGCAGAUUAUAUUUUGGUGAAAACUACAUUUGGCUUUUCCCUAGCUUGGGAUGGAAACUCUGGGAUUUACAUUAAAUUGACAGAAGAACACAAGGGAAAAACAUGUGGUCUCUGUGGAAAUUAUAAUAAUAAUACAUCGGAUGAUCUCGUAAUACAAAAUAGUGACUAUAAAGAAGAUAUAGCUAAAUUUGCUAACAGCUGGGCUGUACAACUCCCAGAUGAUGCAACCUGUGUAGCAAUUGCAUCUGGUUUUCCUAGUCCUUGCAACAUUGAUACAGAAUCUUAUGAGAGUAUCUACUUCAAGUGCCAAAUACUCUUGCAGUUUCCUUUUCUAAGUUGUCAUCAAAGCAUAGAUCCUUAUCCCUACAUUUCCAGCUGCAUGAAUGACCUAUGUAGACAGGAUGAUGAAGAAACUUACUGCCGAGCAGUAACAGAAUAUACUCGCUCAUGUUCACAUGCAGGCUAUCCUAUCAGAGAUUGGAGAGAUGACUUUCCAGCCUGUACUGACAAUUGUGAAGAUACUUUUAUUCACCGGGAUUGUAUUAGCUGUUGUCCACCAACCUGUACUUUUGAGAAAGACUGCCUAGGUAGUAACCUCCAUUGCUUAGAUGGAUGCUAUUGCCCAGAUGGCCUUAUAUUGGACAAUGGAACUUGUAUUUCUGCAUCAGAUUGCCCAUGUAUUUAUCAUGGGACAGCUUUCCCUGUAGGUUCAACAAUUGAGCAAGAAUGCAGUAACUGCAUUUGUAUGGGUGGUGUUUGGAACUGCACUGAACAUGAUUGCCCAGCUGAAUGUUCAAUUGUUGGUGAAUCCCAUUUCACAACUUUUGAUGGUCGCCAUUAUACCUUUCUUGGGAGUUGUCAGUAUAUUCUGGUAAAAGGCACUGGGAAAGACAAAUUCACACUCACUUUACAGAAAAGUUCCUGUGGACAGAGCAUUGAUUAUGUCUGCAUUCAGUCUCUGAUACUAAUUUUUGAGGAUGACAUAAGCAAGCAAGUGAUUUUCACCCGGAGUGGUGAAAUUCAGUACGGUUCUUCCAACCAGGGAUUCAUCCUGAAUGGAUAUGUGGAAGUACAGAACCUGUCUUCACUGUUUGUGCAACUAAAAACUAAAUUUGGUUUAAAAAUCCGAUUUGCUAAAGAUGGUGAAAGGGUAUAUAUUCAACUCAGUGCUGAGUGGAAGAGCAGAACUUUGGGUCUUUGUGGAACUUAUAAUGGAAAUCUGAGAGAUGAUUUUCUCUCCCCAUCAGGAAUGAUUGAAGGAACUCCACAACUUCAUGCUAACGCAUGGAAGGUUUCCUCAGCAUGUCAAGUGCCUGUCAAUAUUCCUGUGGUUGAUCCUUGCAACAUUAACCAACAAAAUGUUGCAUACGCAUCCCAGUGUGAUCUCAUCAAUCAAGAACUCUUUGCUCCAUGUCAUAUAUACAUCAGUCCAGGAUUAUAUUACCAGCUAUGUCGCUUUGAUGCUUGCAAAUGUGGGAGAAGUUGCUUGUGUAAUGCAUUUGCACACUAUGCUUAUAUUUGCAGCAAGCAUGGGAUUACUAUAGACUUCAGAUCUCAUGUUUCAAACUGUGCAUUAGUAUGCAGAAGCGGAAUGCUGUAUCACCCAUGUUCCUCCUUCUGUGAGCACUCCUGUUCUUCCCUUUCUCUUCUGGAUGCUUGUGAUUACGACUGCGCUGAAGGCUGUAACUGUCCUGAAGGAAAAUACUUUGAAGAAUCUAUUAAUUUUUGUGUGCCAAUGGCUAGCUGUCGAUGUUAUUAUAAAGGCAGAAGUUUUCAGCCUGGAGAAAUUUUGCCCACACCAUCAGGGUCAUGCCAAUGUCUAAAUGGAACAAUGAAAUGCGAUGAAGUGGCAGCUGUUCCUGCAGUGCACACAUGUCCUGAUGGAAAGAUCUACUAUGACUGCCAGUCUCAUGUACCUGGCUUGACAUCAGCUGGAGUAAACUGUGAACUAACAUGUACAAACAUUGCUAUGAACUUUACCUGUACACCUUCUCCACCAUGUUUGAGUGGUUGCAUCUGCCCCCCUGGGAUGGCUGAGCAUAAAGGAAAAUGUUACGUGCCAGAUAGUUGUCCGUGUAUGUGGAAGGAUUGGGAGUAUAUGUCAGGUGAAGUGUUAGCUACCCCUUGUUAUACCUGUAUUUGCCGACGUGGGAUAUUUAAUUGCACGUACUAUCCUUGUCCUGCUGUAUGUACAGUCUAUGGAGAUCGACAUUAUUAUACUUUUGAUGGACUAGAAUAUGAUUAUGUCAGUGACUGCCAGAUUUAUUUGAUAAAGAGUGUUGACAGUUCAAACUUGUCUCUAAUUGUUCAAAAUAAGAAGUGCUUCGAUAAUGACAUCGUUUGUUCAAAAGAUGUGUUGCUAACUAUUGGAGACUCUGAGAUUUUUUUCAGUGAGUCCCUAGACCUACAGAGGAUGCUAAACAGACAUGGAGACAGAUCCAAGUACCAAGUAUGGAAAGCUGGAUAUUAUGUAGCAAUACAUUUUCCAGAGCAAGAGUUCACAGUACUCUGGGACAGGAAGACAACAAUGCAUAUCAAAGUCGGACCUCGAUGGAAGGGUAAAUUAGCAGGUUUAUGUGGGAAUUUUGACAAAUUUACUUCAAAUGAUCUGACUACAUCGAAUAACAUGGAGGUAAAAAAUGCUCAAAUUUUUGGAGAGAGUUGGGCAAUAGGACAGUGUGCAAGCCCAAAUGAGACCAUCAAACCAUGUGAAGUUCAUCAGAACAAGUUCCCAUAUGCCAAAAAAGAAUGUUCAGUUUUAUACAGUGAUGUUUUUGCUUCUUGCCGCAAUGUGAUUGAUGUCACAUCAUUUGUGAAAAACUGCCACACAGAUACAUGCAACUGUAAUCUUGGUGGAGACUGUGAAUGUCUGUGUACUAGUAUUGCAGCUUAUGCUCAUAAAUGUUGCCAGCAGGGAGCAGUAAUUCACUGGCGAUCUCCUUCUCUCUGCCCUUAUGACUGUGAUUAUUACAAUCAAGAACUUGGGGAAGGGCCUUAUAUUUUGGCCAAUUAUGGCCAGAAUGAUACUGUUAUAGGAAUCAACAUCAACAGCAAAAGGGUGUUUCCCUUAUCUAGAAACAAUCUCCAAGGAAAUGUCUAUUAUAAUUUUAUGCUAACACCUGGACUUUACAAAGAUAAAAUUUUAGCUUCAUCUCUGAUUUCACUUGAGUGUGCGGAAAGGCCAAACAACUUUCUUUAUGUCCACAACGACAACAGCAUUUUCUUAGCACAGUGGGAUGCAAGUUUGUCAUUUCGUAGAAGAGCAACUUUUAUCCAUCACCAAGGACUUUGGAUCUCUGGUUAUAGUGCAUUUGAACUGCACAGCAAAAAAGGUUUCUUCAUUACACUUAGCACUUCAGCAGUGAAAAUAUCGAAGUUUGAUGACACUGAAGAAUUCAAAAGCUUAAGUAGCUUCAGUAUCGAGGAACUCCAUGCAGCAAUACCUUACAGGAGGAUGUGUGAAUGGAGAUAUGAACCUUGUACAAGUCCUUGUGUUAAAACAUGCAAUGAUCCUGAAGGAACAGCAUGCAAAUUUCUUCCACCGGUUGAAGGUUGCUUACCGUACUGUCCAAAAGAUAUGAUCCUAGAUGAAGUCACACUUAAAUGUGUUUAUCCAGAAGAUUGCAUCCCUGUGAAACCAACAGAACCUUUAUUUGGAACCAAGCCAUUUAGAACAAGCCCUACAAUGCUAAGUUCCCAGAUAAAGAAUACAUCAGAAACAUUUUCUCAAAUGCCUCCUAUAUUAGAUAUUGAAGAGACUGAACCAACAUAUAUUAACUUAACCACCAACAUGACAACUGAACCAACAGCAGCCAAAGAUGCUUAUUCAGCAAUGGUAUCUCAUUCAAGCAUGCAUUUACCUGAUUUGUUACCAGGUUCAGAACUCUUUUCUGAAGACAGCUACAACACAACAAUCCCACCUGUGCUGCUUACAUCUCUAUCUCCAACAGCUUUCCCAAUUACUUAUGAAGCUCCAGUGGUUAGUGUAAAAACAAUAUCCUAUAGUAAAACUCCUAUUUUCUUUUCACCACCUACCCCUGCAACGAUUGCUGUACCAUCAGUGACUGCUUUUCCUUUAAUAAGUAAGUCAACUACACCACUAGAGGUUGCAGCUCCUUCUAUGGUGGUAGCUAGAACUCUUCCAACUUCCACAAUACUGACAGAUUCACUCUUAACACAAACAUUUGCUGUAACUUCAGGAACUAGUUCUUAUCUGUCUACACUUACAACAACUAUGCCUCGAACUCCUGCAUUUACUUCUAGAUUUACUUCAUUUGCCUCAAGUCCACUUUAUACAUUUCUGACACCUUCUGAACAUAUUACUUCCUUAACCACAAAACAUUUUUCUACUGUUGCUGAUCUAAUUAGUAAAACAACAACUUCAGUUGUGACACAAAAUCCUAUAACAAUAAAAUCUUUUAGUCCCAAAAUAACACAGAGAACAUCAACAUUAAUACCUCCUCCAAUUACAUCUCAAAGGCUCAAAGGAACAGGGGAAGUGACACUUAUUUCAAAGAGUUUUCAUUUGAGGCCUUCCACAGGUUCUCUUCUAGCAGUUCCUCAGAUUUCCAAAUCAUCUGAGGCAAGUACUGUUUCAGCAGAAAGUAAGCAUGUGUUGCGUGCAGAUUCAUCUCCAAUUCCAACUGAUUUUAUAACUUUGUCAGAGUCUGCUGGUACCAAGGUGACAAGUAGCAUUCCAGUAUUGCCUAUUAAGAUUUCACAGGAUGAAGCACAAAUAACUUAUGAACCAUUUGGUUCAUAUCCAGAAUCAAAAAUUGCAUCAACAGUUAAAAGUGUUGAUACUUUCACUACUUCAGUUCAGUUUCCAGAAACCUCUCUUAAAAUGUUGACAACAAGAGCUUCUACUCCUCAGAUUUCUGUUACAGCAUCCCAUUCUGGAAGUUUAUCAGCAGUUCCCACCACUUCUGCUGUGGUACCAACUAGCACUGAUAUACAAAUGCCUGUUAUAUCAGUAAGUGACCAUUUGACCUCAACAAGUUCAAGUUCUUAUCCUUCAGCUAUUCCUUUGCUAACUUUAACUACAAAUACUUCCACUAUACACACUACAUCUUCAGUUCCUUUGACUGCUUUUGAUAUAUCAACCAUAUCUUUGGGAACAAGAAGGCCUUCUUUGACUUCUUCAGUGGAUAGGAGAACUUUAUCUUCAUUAACAAGUGCAUCCAUCUCUCAGUAUGAAGAACCAGCAAUGGAAUCAGCUUUGACUCUGGGCAUACUUUGGAAUAUUACAUCAACCCCACAAGAUAUUACUGAAAAGUACUCCAUCAGCCCCUCAGAAAGUUGGCUAGUUUCCUCUACUGGCACAAUAGCUCCUCACAAAACUGCUGAAGUUACUGAAUUUCCCCCUAUAAGUUUUGAUUUUCACACAACUACUUCAGUCCCUGUUCCUGCUGUCUUCCAAGAACCCACGUAUUUUCCAAAUGUUACUUUCUUUACACCUAAACCAUGCAAAGAAGCUCUACGAACUAUGCCCUUAGAAAUGGAUAAAGUACCUAUUUCAGGUUGGGUAGAAACAGGAAUAACCCAGGCUUCCAAAUUUCAAAAUGCAACAAGCACUUUGUAUGCUUUAGGAAGUAAUAAAACUUCAGAAGGAAACAUCACAAAAUAUGCAAGGACUGAAAAGCCAUCUCUAGCAUUUGUUCAGAAGACUGUGUCUGCUGGUGAAAACAGCACAGCUUCAGUAAAACCAGUUUCUCUCUCUGAGGGGACAGACAUAACAUUAUCUGAUUGGUCUAGGAUUCCACCCACAGAAUCAAUUAGACCUUACUACAGUGUGACUAAACCAGAGGAAGUAAGUAUCAUUAGCUCACAGAAUUUCACCAUGGCAGAUUCAUCACAUGUCACUGCAAAACUUUUGGAAACCCAAACCACAAAGGCUGAAGUUGAAAUAAUGACAGCAGAGAGUGAAGAACGUGCUUCAUCUGGCACAAUAAUACAUACGCUUGUAUCUGUGACAUCCUCAGAAUGCACGCCAAGAUACCUUGAUCCUAUAGACAAAUGUAGUCAGUACGUGUGCAUAAACAUGGAAUGGAUGCUGUACAAUCUUUCAAGGAACUGCCAUAAGAAUGUGGAGAAACCUGACUGUGGUUUUCGAGGGAUGCCAGUUCAGAUCAACAGCGACAGCUGCUGUCCUGAAUGGGAAUGUCCUUGUCAGUGUUCUAUCCUCUCUGAACUAAGUAUCAUUACAUUUGAUGGAAAUAAUGUAGCAUUAUAUAAAGUAGCGUCCUAUAUUUUAGUCAAGUUACCCACAGAAAUUAUUGUGGCUCAUAUUGAAAAAUGCCCCACCAAUCAGAGUGCAAAUUCAAUAAGAAAACUAGUUCCAGCAGGAAGUGCUUCGGGUCUUUGUUUUAAGAAACUUAACGUAACAAUACCACCUUUUGCGAUUCUUAUUAACCGCUUAGCAAGAAAGGUAAUUAUAAAUUCUGUGAUCCAACCUUUGCCUUUCUUGAAAGAUGGCAUAUGUAUUCAGGACACUGGAGCAAUGUAUGUAAUCAAUACACCAGCUGGAAUCAACAUUAAAUGGGCUCAUGUUACAGGCAUUAUAGACAUCCAGUAUGGCUUUAACUCUAAUAUAUCUAUGAAGACAGAAGGGCUUUGUGGUGUCUGCAAUGGUGAUCCAGCUGAUGACUUGAAAAUGCAAAAUAGAACAAUAAUCACAAACAUGGAAGAAGUUGAGAUUUUUAUUAAAAGUUGGGAAAUUGAGAAAUCUUUUGAUGUAACAACAAGAAGACCCAUUAAAAACUGUACAGAAGAUAAUUGUACAUAUUGUAUGGAACUCUUACAGAAGUGGGUUUUUGCCCCUUGUCACAAAAAAGUUUCACCACAAGAUUUUUGUGAGAAAAUGUGGGUCAACAAUAUCUAUUUUGGGAAUUAUGAAUGUGAUGCUCUUUCUGCAUAUGUAGCACUAUGCAACAAGCAUAAUAUCUGCAUUAAGUGGAGAACACCAGAUUACUGUUUGCUUGCUUGCCCUGAUGGAAAGGAAUAUCAACCUUGUGUACAACCUUGUGCUGCCAAAACAUGCCUAAAUAAAUGGUUUUAUGAAAAAUCAUCAUGUUCCUAUUUAAGAGAAGACUGUGUUUGCAAAAAGGGGACCAUUCUUCAUAGAACAGACUCUGACCUUUGCAUUCCAGAAGAAAAAUGUGCCUGUACUGAUAAUGAAGGGCAUCCCCACUCUGCUGGAGAGGUUUGGAUUGGCUCCAGUAAAGGAUGCUGCAUGUAUAAAUGCUUGGAGAAUGGGAGCAUUAUUGAUACAGAGCCUGAAUGUGAUAAACAGCCACCUCCAAUGUGUGAGCGAGAGGCUGAAGUGAUUGUCAGUAUAAUUGAAGAACAAACUUGCUGUCCAAAAAAAGUCUGUGAAUGCAACAUGACUCUGUGUAACCCUAUUAUCCCAGUAUGCCGAAGUACUGAGGAGCUGACAGUUAAAUACACUCCUUUCUCCUGCUGUCCUCAAUACCAGUGUGAAUGUGAUGUAUCUGCAUGUCCCAAAGUUACCCGUCCAGAAUGCCGAGAAGAUCAGUUUAUUGUGGAAGCCAAAUUGGAGGAUAUCUGCUGUUUAUCCUAUUUGUGUGUUUGUGAAUCUUGCAUUGAACCUAUUCCAGUAUGCAAUGAAGAAGAACUUCUUACAGUAGAUCUUAGUACUGCACAUUACUGUUGUCCUCAUUAUCACUGUGUAUGUGAAGAGAAUCUCUGUCCUUCACCUCUUCUGAAUUGCUCUGCUGAUAUGAAACUGAUUAGAAAAAGAGUACCUGGACAGUGUUGCCCAGAUUGGAUUUGUGAAUGUGAUUGUGAUACUGUACCAAGCUGUAAAUUGGGUGAAGUUCGGAAAAUAACUGCUAAUACUUCUAGUACAUGUGGAUGCCCACAAUAUAUUUGUGAAAAAGAAAGUGUCUGUGUCUUCCAAGAAGUCACUGUACUGAACCCAGGUCAGACAGUGAUUCAAUAUUUGGAUGAAGAACUUUGUUAUACGGCAAAGUGUUCACAAGAAACAGACCCCAACACAGGAUUUCACAUUAUGAAUCUGGCAGUAAUUAACUGUUCCCAAAAAUGUGAAGCACAUCAAGUACACAGCCCAUCUGAUGGUCAACAUUCUUGUUGUGGUUCCUGCAUAAAUGUCUCAUGUCCUUUUUAUACUGACAACGGAACUCUUGUGAUUUAUGAAGAAGGAAGCACAUGGGACUCAAACUGCACUAAAUAUGAAUGUGCAAAGAUUGGUGUGGGAACAGUGGUACUUGGCUCCAGUGUAUUUUGCCCACCCUUUAAUGAGACUGAAUGUGUGAAGAAUGGAGGCUCUGUACAGACCUAUCACAAUGGCUGCUGCAAGACCUGUAAAAGAGAUGAAAGGAUUUGCCAGAAAAUAAUGGUCAGAACUACUGUAAGAAAACAUGACUGCGUAAGCCAAAGUCCUAUAAAUGUGGCUUCUUGUGAUGGAAAAUGCCCCUCGGCUACAAUUUUUAAUGUCAACAUAGAUAGCCAUUUAAGGUUCUGCAAAUGCUGCCGUGAAAAUGGAGUUCAGAAUCGAACAGUGCCACUUUACUGCUCGGGAAAUGACACUGAAAUUCUGUAUACCAUCCAGGAACCCAUGGACUGUUUAUGCCAGUGGAAUUAAGAAUUUUGUGAUUACAUGCAAACCAAGAUUAUGUUUUUCUUAUGUUCAGGUUUAACAUAUAAAUAAUUUCUCAUUUUUAAUAUGCAUAUGUAAAAAGGGAGCAUAUUCAUUUUAACAUAUAUGGAACACUUAAUUUACUUUAGAGCAAUGUACUUCUAUGAAGUAUUCUAUGUAAUUAACCAACGUUAACUACAUAACGUACUUGUUCUGGAGUUAUAUCAAAACAUUGCAGUUUAUUAGCACCUCCAUUGGCAUCACUCUUUCUUGCUUAACAGUAAUCUUAGCCCACAUUGUAAUAUUUGUAACAUUUUAUUUGUAUUUUAGAAUCUGUAACAUGCUAGUAUUUCUUAUUUUUCUGGUUCUAACCUUCUUUUCAGCACACGUUUUAUUACUAUGACUGCACGUAGUAAUUUCUUAUAAACCAUUUUUGACAUUAUUUUAUAUUUACAAGAACUUAUGUAAAAGUAAAUGAUAGUUUGCAUAUUUGGAUUAAAAUAUAAUCCAAAACACUAUAUGUAUUCCUAAAGAGGAAAAUGCAUAUUUACUUUGGGCAAAUGGAGAGGCCAUUUUUAUUAUUUAAAUUUCCAGAUAUUGAAUAUAUUUGUUAAAUAUUGUUAUGCAUACAGUAUAUGCAAUUGUUCUUCAAUAAACACAGUAAUAUAAUGCACACCCUACACAAAUGUAGAUGCUGAUUGUAUAUACUAUUCAGCAUCAAUAUCAGAAAUAAUAAUAGAAAUUAUUUCAUUAUCAUUACAAGCAUUAAUGAUAGAAAAAGCUGAGGGCUUUAGAGUCAUAAAGAAUCUAUGUGAGGAGCUGUGAUUUGAUAUGGGACAUGAUAUAUAAGAGGACUUUGUAAGUUUCCAUAUGAAAUGUUAGCAUAGUCAUAUGAAAAGGUUGCAUUUUUUUUAGAAAGUGCAUGUUGAGGUAGGAGGCUAAUUAUGACAGACUAAUGUGUGCUUUGUACAACCAUUCAUGGUAUUUCCAAUAUAUCAUGGGAUAGCAAUCUAAAUGUAUCUUUUGAACACUUGG